AUGACAGCGGCCGCCUUACAGGGAGUCUGUCUGAGCCGAGACGCCUUAAGAGCUUCUUUAAGAACAACGUAAAUGAAUCUUCUCUGUUCUUUUGUCCCGCGGACCAGCGGAGGCAAAUAAUGAGCCGACGCUCAGAAAUAUUUACAGGCUGAUACCAACGUGUCUCCGCUGAGUUCACUUCUUUAUAGAAACAGACGAGAUAUCAAAGGAAGAGUCUUCUCCAUUAAAGGGAUAUUCCAGUGUUUUGUGGGUAACAUGUUAUCCCUGAGUGUUUCAGCCUCAGUGGAUGUCGGUUUGCUCUGAGUGUUUUAACGCAGAGCUGCAGAGAGAGAGUCUUCGUUCAAGCUAGGCUACAGUUUUCUGCAGAAGAAGCCGAAUUAACUAAAUCUGAGAAACUCUCAGCCGGGGUCGAGGAAACUUACCACGCCGUCAGAGAGCCCGACACUCUUCAAAUGUAGAUUUAGUUUUAGUCAUUUUUAAAUAAUUGUUAAACUUUUAAUUUAUGAACUUUUAUAUUUUUUAAUUUGCAUUCAGCAUCUCAAACGUGUGUUUUAUGUAUCUUGCGAAUGCAUUUUUAAUCCUACGAGCACUUCAUUUCUGUGAGAAGGACAGUUUCAUGGACAGAGAGCAGAUCAUCAACAUUUUCUCUUAUUUAAGUCCGGCUCACAAAGAGAGAUCUUAUCGCUUAGCAACAGCUGGUGUUGUUUUGAGAAGGAGACCCCUCGUAUGGACCCUUAAAGCACAGCGACAUUCAGACGUGCAGGAAGUGAUUUUGUUUAUCAACAAACAGUUAAAUCACACCUACAAGAUACUAAAUUAAACAAAUUAAAAAAGAUUAAAGUUCAUGUCAGCUCCUGAGCUCCACAGGUAGUUUCACUCAGAUGAACUCAGAUAUUAUUUUAACUCAUUUUCAUUUUUAUUUUAGUCUUUCUCAGACAGUCUUAUGAAAACUUCUGGUUGUAAAAUUUUGAGAGUUAAAACUCUUUUUUUUAAAAGUGCAGAAGUCUUUGCCGUAAACGAGUCUGGAGAAAUCAAAAACCGGGAGGAAGCUCCAACCCAUCUAAGUUCACGGUCGCUGAAGCAGCAGCAGGAGAAAGACGUACAGACCAGAACUGGCAAAGCUGCAGGAGUCUUCCAACGACUCUGGAACAUCUGGUCGUCGAAAUCCAUCAUCAUGGCCACAAAGCCACACCUCUAUAUGUCAGUGGUCAUCCCUCCAGCGACCUACGCCUGUGAGACGUGGAUGAAGACUACCAGCAUCACCAACACGUUGGAUGUCUUCCAUCAUCUGUGCCUCAGAUCCAUCCUAAAGAUCUCAUGGAGAGACCAAAUCACCGAUGGAGAGGUGAUGAGAAGGACAGGUGUAGCACCUUCGUCUGACAUCGUCUCCGACAGGAGAAAGAGGAUGACCGGACAUGGACUCCGACCGCCAAGAGAGAGACCGGCGAGUGUGGCGAUAGAGGGAGGCCGAAGAAGACAUGAAGACGAACAGCCAAGGAAGACCUGA